CUCCUCCGUCUCGUGCUGUCCAGCGCUCUCCCCGCCGUAACUACAGUGGAUUUGUCUGAUUCCACCUGCAGUUCUCUAUCUACAACAGCUUUCCCGUUGCAGUGUAAUGGCAGGUUGGGCUGCUGCUUCCUCCGGGCUGACGGAGACAGAUUAUGAACAUACACUCAGCCCUGCAGGCAACUAAACCUCUACCAGUCCUGCUGUAACUCCAGAUCCAAGAUCACCGUCAAACAGCUGAGCAGCCAGCAGUGAUAAUGGACCCAAACCUCAACAACAAGAGAAAAAAGAGUCCUGGACCGGUUUACCUGAGGCUCCUUCACUCUAGAUUCUGCUAAGCCUUCUAUCCACAAAGUCAUUUCAUGGCUGGGAUUCGGCGCUUCCUGAUCACUUGCUGACAAAUGUUUGCUGAAACCGUCCGCCUAAAGGAGCAUUGAAAAGACAAAAAAAAGCAACCUUGGCUGCAGACUGCGAGCAGUUUGUGUGUCUGUGGUUAGGUCUGUAAUCAUGGGGAAAGAACAGGAUCUGCUGGUUGCAGUGAAGAGUGGAGAUCUUCUGCUGGCGCACAAACUUCUCUCCAAAGUCAAGUGCAACAAAACAAAGUUGCUGGGCUCCACCAAGAAACUCAACAUCAACUACCAAGACUCAGAUGGCUUCUCCGCGCUGCACCAUGCCGCUCUCACGGGCACCACCGAGCUGCUGUCUCUGCUGCUGGAGGCCCAGGCCACGGUGGAUAUCAAGGACAUCAACGGCAUGCGUCCCCUCCACUACGCAGCAUGGCAGGGUAAAGCAGACUCUGUCUUAUUGUUGCUGAGAGCUGGAGCUUCAGUCAACUCCCCUUCCCAUGACGGACAGAUACCGUUACAUCUCUCUGCUCAAUAUGGACACUACGAGGUGUCUGAGAUGUUGUUGCAGCACCAGUCUAACCCCUGCCUGAAGAACAAGGCAAACAAGACUCCUCUAGAUCUGGCCUGCGAGUUUGGGAGACUCAAGGUGGCUCAGUUGCUGCUCAGCAGUAACAUGGUGACAGCGCUGUUAGAAGGGGAGGGAGGGCAAGACAGCAUGGAAUCUCCGUCCACCACCCCCCUCCACCUGGCAGCCAGGAAUGGACACAAAGACAUCAUCAAGUUGCUGCUCAAAGCCGGUAUUGACAUCAACAGAGCCACCAAAGCGGGGACGUCUCUGCACGAGGCUGCCCUCUACGGCAAAACCGAAGUUGUGCGACUACUGCUCGAUGCGGGCAUCAACGUGAACAUCCGCAACACGUACAACCAGACAGCUUUGGACAUUGUCAACCAGUUCACCACCUCCACAGCUAGCAGGGAAAUCAAACAGCUGCUGAGAGAAGCAUCAAGCUCUCUCCAGGUCAGAGCGGUGAAGGACUACUGGAACCUCCACGACCCAACCGCUCUCAACCUCCGGGCUGGAGAACUUAUUAUGGUCGUGGAGCAGCACUCAGACGGUCGUUGGAAAGGUCACAUCCAUGACACCCAGCGGGGGACGGACCGGGUGGGCUUCUUCCCCCCUUCAGUGGUGGAGGUCCUCAGCAGACGAGCAGGGGGCACUCUUUCCCGCCAAGCCUCAAUACCUUGCCAACGACAACACUUUGCAUCCAGAGCUCCCCCCUCAAGCUACGGCCCCGUCCCUCAGACUGACGACUCAUACACCCUUGGCCACGAUCCCACAGGUGCUCCACCUGACAGUCAGCUCUCAGCCCCAGAUAGUCCUGCUAGCCCCACUCAGGACAUUUGGGUCCUCAGGAGGUCUCCCACUGGUGACAGAAACAGUGUUGGCAGCGCGGGCAGCGUGGGCAGCAGCCGCAGCGCUGGCAGCGGCCAGAGCUCAGAGAGCGGCCACAAACAGAAUGGGACUCAAAAUCGCCAUAAUGCUGACACUGGCAAGCUGGCUCCCUCUGCUGGUGAAUCUGGAGACCAUCUCCACAUUGUGGGAGCAGACCACAGCAAACAGGCGGAUGGGACCACAGGUGGUUCUCGACGGCAGGUCAACGGCACUCCUCAGAAAGGCUUCGUAAGGCCAGAACAGUUUCUGGAGGGCAAGGACUGUGAGGCCAUCUAUCAGUGGUUGUGUGAGUUCCAGUUGGAGCAGUACACGUCCAACUUCAUCAACGCGGGAUAUGAUGUUCCCACUAUCAGCAGGAUGACCCCUGAGGACCUGACAGCUAUCGGAGUGACCAAACCAGGCCACCGAAAGAAGAUCUCAAUGGAGAUCGGCAAGCUAAACAUCCCAGAGUGGCUGCCUGAUUACAUUCCUUCGGACCUGGGGGAGUGGUUGAGUAUGAUUGGACUGCCUCAGUACCAGAAGAGAUUGUGCGACAAUGGCUAUGACUCCAUCCCUAUUGUCAAAGACAUCACCUGGGAAGACCUGCAGGAGAUAGGCAUCACCAAACUGGGCCAUCAGAAGAAGCUCAUGUUAGCAGUGAAGAGACUCAGUGAUCUGCAGCGCGCUCGUAACCAUUCUGACAGAGCUGAAGGCGGGACUCUCCGACGGAAGCCCCCCACCGCCUUGGAACUAGUGGCCAUCGAACACACACCAUCACACAAUGUGCACGCUCUCGCUCGCUCUGACGCUUCUUCUGACACCUGCUGCCCCUCCCCUCGCACACCGAGGGCCCUCCUCUCCUUCCAGGACAGCGAGUUGAGCGCCGAGCUGCAGAGCGCUAUGAUGGGCAGGGCGGGAGGAGGUGCUGCCGAGGCGUUCGGCAUCAGAGGCAUGACCUCUGCUGCAGCUAUAUCUGCCAUGUCGGUCAGUCAGGAGAGCAUUAGCAUGCGAUCGCGGGGAUCAGGGAAUUCUGGGAAUUCUGGGAAUUCAAAUUCAGUAUAUUCUCAAGACCACCAAGCUGCACAACCUUCAGCAAAGAAACCCAGCCGGUCAGAGGAGAGCCUGGGCUGUGGUGCAGGGGAGGAGGCCAAGCGAGGAAGAAGCAGUCCUGGAGGCAGAAGUAGACAAAGACCCACAGAGAUGUGGGAGCACCAGAGUCGGUCAGCUACCCCCAAUAAACUUCCCUUCUCCCCACUAACCCCUCCACUAACCCCCAGCAAGAUGCCUCGCUUUGCCUACCCAGCUAUCCCGCCCAAGGCCAAACACUUCCAGUCCCCUAGCCGCCUCUGUCAGCCUCAGCACCACCCGCCCUCCUCCCCUUCCUCUCCAUCCCCGCAGCCUUCGCCCACACAGAAGGCCUUCAGUUACCUCCACGCCCAGGCAGGAGGCAUCAACGGGGCUCACAAGCUCUCCAAGCCUCUACCUGGAGCUGUCCCUCUGCUGGGACCCCGACCUGGACAGGGCCAAGCUGAUGACACCCAGAGGGGUCCGCACAAGAAGCGCGCCCAAAGCCUGACUCGAUACGCUCUGUCCGACGGUGAGCCAGACGAAGACGACGACCUCGCUCCCCCCUGCACCUCUGCUUCCUCUGCAGUCAUGCCCUCCUAUGCCACCCUGUCGCGCAGGCCGGGACGCGGGCACACAAGUACCACAGGGACCCAACGCCAAAUCAACCGCAGCCACUCGUUCGCCGUGCGAUCCCGACGCAAAGGCCCACCCCCGCCACCGCCCAAGAGGAUGAGCUCGGUAAGCGGCAGCCCGGCACGCCAACCAGGGAAUGGGAAAGUGGCGGAGCCAGAGGCGAAAGGAGGGGUGUCGACGGAGAGCACAGGCAGUGUAAGGAGCAUCGCAGCCAGGCUAGAGGGAAGCAGCAGCAGUCCCUCCAGGAGGAUAGAUAUACCACCAACUCCCAUCCCAGUGUCACCUAUAUUCAGCCCUGUUUCCUCCCCGAUUUCAUAUGGGAUGGCGCCUCACACCAUCCUACAGCACUCCAAACCUGUCCCUGCUCUGGGCCUGGCGGGCCUCAGGAGGACAGGAAGCGAGAGGACAGAAGUAGAGACCGACAGACAAAGAAGUGGAGGCACAGAGGGAACACUCGAAGAGAAAGCAAGGAAAAGUGAAAGAAUAUCAAAGAGUGGUACAGCUUCUUCAAAGCACAGCUCCGGUGACCACCUCCCUUUUGCUGAAGAAGGCAACCUCACUAUCAAACAGCGGCCCAGGAUAGCAGUUGUCCCCCGAGCAGACUUUGAAGUCAAGACCCCUCCUGAGGGUCCAUUACAGACCCCGAACAGCCUGGAACUCCCAGAGUUCAAUCUCAAAGAGUCGGACACGGUCAAAAGACGACACAAACCCAAAGACCCGUCGACACCUGAUGAGGCAACUACCCCGAACAGAGACGACAACCACCCGCAAACCAAGAGUCUCCACACACACGAUGAUGUCACGCUGAGCGACUGUGAAUCUCAGAGGCCGGGGAUUGUGUUCCAGAGAGUAGGCUCCAUGGGGAAAGGCCCGAAGCUUCCAGUGUCCUCAAAACCUUCCAGUCCUCUCAAACAAUCCCCUGACAGCAAACCACCAACCCCCCAGAAAACAGUCCCUCCAGCGCAAGCUAGUGCGCAAACCGCCAUUCCUAAACUAACCAGCGUACAGGUUCACACAGUUUCUCCGAAGCUGGGCGGCAGCAUCCACACACAGACAUGUAUGCCCAGUCCCAAACCAGUGAGACGCACACAGACAGUGAUGUCCAAGCCAGAGAGUCCACAGAAAGCUGCUGGUUUGUCUGUAUCAAGACUCCCUCAGCCCAGCAUGGCCUCGGCGUCAACUGCAGUUCCGAACCUAACCAUGGUCCAGGGCGUUGCGUUCGCUUCUCCGUCCUCCCCAGCUUCGGCCCAUUCAUACACCACCUCGGCCCUACCGGCUCAGGAAGGGAGAACAGGGCCACCCCAGGCUGGUGCGGCCGGUCCGGAGGUGCUGGCUCAGAAGAGGCUGGAGCAAACCAGCACGUCGCUGGAGGCUGCUCUCAAAGUGGUGGAGAACAAACUGGCCUACGGGAGCUGCGUGGACGGUGGCAGCAGCACAGUGAAGGCAGCAGGAAAUAUUCUGGAUGACAUUGGCAACAUGUUUGACGACCUGGCUGACCAGCUGGACGCUAUGUUGGAGUGACAUCCCCAAACUCUGCCUCACAGGAGAAGCGAGAAGCCAUCAAAACAGGAGAUCAAGAUGGAUCUUUGAUGCUGGUAAGAACAGAGGCAGAGGACUCAGCACCUCUUCAUGGCUCUGGAUGAAUCAAUAAGUGCACAUUUGAGGAUUUCCUGCACAACUUUCCCUCAAUAUUGCCCAGUUUUUCAACGCGAGCACUUCGCCUUAGGACACACACUUGGGAAUGUUAUUGGAGCAACAACAAACAGCAGCUGCAAGAUCGGCUUCCAGAUGUCUGUGUUCAGUGUAUUAUCACUAAAUGAAUGAGGGUCCAUUUUAUUCACGUUACCUGUAAAUGUGUAGAUAAGUCUAUGGUGGCGCUGUGUAUGUGUGUAGGCAGAUAUCUUUAUACUGAGUAUAUUUAUACUUAUGUUUGUUUUUAACAAAUGGAGUUCCUAUUGACUUAAAUCAUUCUAGUGUUCAUCAAUACUGUUAUAUAUAUUUUGCUGCUUGUUGUCUAUAACAUGGGGAAAAUAUUGUUUAUUGUAAUAAAAGCAGCAUAUUCCAUAUUAGAUUUGUUUUUACACGUUUUUACCAAAGUUUUUAUCCUCUUGAAGAGGCACAUUAAGGGGUCGGCACAAAGUGAGGAAUUUUUAAAGAGAUGUCUAUCAGGUGCGACUUGCUGUGAGGUAAAGUGGAGACUGUCGAGACUGUGGAGCUCAGUCCACCUCCCACUAACAGCUUGGAAGGUUUUACAGCUCACCUCAGGGUGCUUUGAAGUGAAUUUACUGUAAGUGUGCAGUUUCUAAAGAAUGGGGGAUGCUUUAAUCAUUUCAACAGUGGCCUGUUACAAAGCAUUUCAAGUAAGAUCAACCUUCUGAAAGACUAUGACUGAACACUGUAAGGGAUGAACACAGCGCAGUGUAUGGAGUCUCGAGUGUGCUACAGGAAUAAUCAAAGACUUUCACAUGUUUAUUAAAUAAAUUAAUAAAUUUUUUACAUUGUUUUUUAUUGUAUGUCUCUAUUUGUUACACCAUUUCGUACUGUGUCGCAAUAUCAUAUUUCAAUUUUACAAUGCUUUACUGUGGGCUCCGCAAACAUGAGCGUAGUUGCUCCCUGCUAGAUAACUGGCUCACUGGUCUGUGGAAACCCAACCUAAUCACUUCCAGCCUUCUAUCAAAACACACCAAUAGUUAGAUAACUAACGUAUUUAUAUAGACCAGACGAAUAUACAAAGCAAGUCAAACAGUGGUGACAUACAGCCACUAUGUUUUAAUACUAAAACUUUAGCUUUUUGAAAAUGAUUAAGGUUGGAAACUUUAACCAAAACUAAAAUUUUAUUAUUAAUUUAUCAUUUAGAGACAUAAGAUAAAAUAGAAUUAUUGAUUGGAACUUUAACAAUGGUUUUAUUAUUUUUUACUUUGUGUAAAUAGUUUUAUCAUGCAUCGUUUAAAUAAUUUUGGCACACUCCAGACUCUAUAGAAGAGCAGAGACCUCUCUCAGAGCAAUUAGCGGGUUAGGCAGCUGUAUUUGGGGUAAACUCUGGCUUACUCUUGGAUUGGUAAACCCAGUUAACAGAACCUGUCGUUAACAAGCUUUGUGAGACAAGUUUAGUUCAGGAUCAACAGUGUUAGGUUUAUUGUAUUAAUAUUCCUUUACUUUUGUUUACCUAUCCCUUGUUUCCACACACCUUAUAGAGUAUUCACUGCACAAAGAGAUGCUCUUACUAUUAAUUCAUCUGAUUACUGCAAUCAUUGACCCAAUGCCAUACACUUAUUGUGCAGUUGAAUGCCUGUUUGUGAGCCAUCCUCUUUCAAUGAGGCAAGUAAAGAAAAGCAAUUAUCUACAGCCUACAUUUGUCCAACAAAUGCACUCUUUGAUUUUUUUAGUUUUUGAGUUCUUUCAAUGCUUUUGCAGGGAGGAUAUUUGGCUCUACUGUAAGCCAUGGAGUAAAGGAAUUUUUACAUCAAAACAAAGUUUUAGCACCAUUGGUUCCUCUGUUAUAUUUUGGUGGAUGCUGUUACUUUGUAUGAAUAUUUCCACUGAAUUCUGUGUCGACCUGGAAAUCAUUAAAAGGACAAUUUUUACUA